CCACUUGUUAUUUCACACCUUGACCGCAUCCUGUAGGCGCCGUGAAUACAGUCUUCUUCUCGUGCCUGCCGGUUCUCUGCCGCACCGGUGUUUCUUUCCGUAUUUGCAUUUUUGUUCUCUCCUGCCGGUGAAACACUUUUUCCCCCUGCUGUAGGAAAUCAUGACCACGGCUAAGGAAGGCAAUGUAACGUCGAAAUCGGCUCAGCAGCAAGAACAGGAGCUGGUGGGCAGUAACCCUCCGCAGAGGAACUGGAAAGGAAUAGCGAUCGCCCUUCUUGUUAUUCUGAUCAUCUGCUCACUGAUCGUCACCUCAGUCAUUCUGUUGACACCAGGUGAGGAUGACCAACUGGCUCUCAAGGGCAAGAUGACUGUUGCAGACCUCUUUAGAAAAGAAUUCAAGGUUCAUGACCCUAAUGCCAAAUGGAUAAGCAGUUGUGAGCUUAUAUAUCGUAAUCGUGAUGGCGAUGUUAUUAAGUUCAAUGUCGACACUGAUGAAAAGACCAUCUUGGUGCAUAAAAAGAAAUUUGAAAUGUACAAAGCCAGCAAGUAUGAGGUGUCUCCUGAUUUGAAGCAUGUGCUGCUGGCCUACAACGUUGCACCGGUGUACCAGCAUUCUUACACAGCCUUCUACAUCAUCUGCAGUCUGGAUACCCCGGCGACCUGGAACUUGAACCCUCCAGAGGUGCGAAAUGCUCAGCUGCAGUUUGCAGGCUGGGGACCCCAAGACCAGCAACUGAUCUUCGUUUUUGAAAACAACAUCUACUAUCGCUCCAGGGUAGAUAACCGCUCUAUUCGUUUGGUGUCUACUGGCAAGGAGGGCGUCAUUUUCAAUGGGCUCAGUGAUUGGCUGUACGAAGAGGAGAUUUUCCAGUCCCAAAUUGCCCAUUGGUGGUCCCCUGAUGGUGCCAGGUUAGCUUACGCCACCAUUAAUGACACCCUGGUGCCCAGGAUGGAGCUGCCCAUGUUUACAGGCACACCCUACCCAACAGGAAAAGAGUACCACUACCCUAAGGCUGGUGAGGAGAACCCUGUUAUAACCUUGUAUGUUGUGAAUCUUAAUGGCCCACUUCACACCAUCGAGAUGAGGAGACCUGAUGAUCCAAGGAUGGGUGAGUACUAUGUGACCAUGGUGAGAUGGGCCACCACCACCACCAAACUGGCCAUCAACUGGCUGAACCGAGCCCAGAACAUCUCUAUACUCACUCUGUGUGAGGCCACAACAGGCGUCUGCACAAAGAAACAUGAUGAUGAAAGUGAAGGAUGGCUCCACAGACAGAAUGAGAAACCUCUGUUUUCCAGAGAUGGGCUGAAAUUGUUUUUCACCCGUGCCAUUCCUCAAGGCGGCAGGGGAAAGUUCUUCCACAUUUCCAUGUCCAUCUCCCAGCCCAACACCAGUACAGACACACUACAGUCCAUCACGUCUGGAGACUGGGAUGUCACCCAAGUCCUGGCCUAUAAUGAGGACAGCCAAUUAAUAUACUUCUUGAGCACUGAGGAUGGUCCUAAGCGAAGACAUUUAUACAGUGCGGACACCUUUGGGUCAUUCAAUCGACGCUGUCUGUCAUGUGCCUUGUCUGACAGCUGUGAUUACAUCAGUGGGUCUUUCAGCCACAACAUGAGCUUUUUCUUGCUCAACUGCAAAGGACGGGACAUCCCAUUUGUAGCUGUUUACAAGACACAGAGAGAUGGAGACAGUGAGACGCAAGACAGGGAGAGUAUUGCAGAAGUACAUAACCUGGAGAGCAAUGACAACCUGAGGCUGACCCUGGACUCCAUGCAGAUGCCCACUGUGGAAUACAAGGAGAUCAACAUUGAUGACUACACUUUGUCAAUGCAGAUCCUCAAACCUGCCGGCUUCAUGGACACAUCACACUAUCCUGUGCUCCUGUUGGUCGAUGGGACACCUGGUGGUCAGACGGUGGCGGAGCAGUUCCACUUAGACUGGGCCACAGUGCUGGUGAGCAGCUUCGGAGCGAUUGUGGUGCGCUGUGACGGACGAGGUAGUGGCUUCAAGGGCACCAACCUGCUGCACCGGAUCCAGAAUAAACUGGGGUUGUAUGAGGAACAGGAUCAGAAGGCAGCACUCAAUUUUAUUUUGAAAGAGUCCUAUGUUGACAAAACCAGAGUUGGAGCUUUUGGAAAGGUAUAUGGAGGCUUUGUGACCAGCCGUUUGGUCCGGGGCGAUGAAUCCCCUGUAAAGUGUGCUGCUGUCCUCUCACCCAUUACAGACUUUGAAUUAUACGCAUCUGCAUUUUCCGAGAGAUAUCUUGGGCUGCCUAAACCUGAUCCGAGGGCAUACACAAUGGCAAAUUUAGCACACAAAGCAUCUCAGUUCAUGGAUAAGAAGUUUCUUAUAAUUCAUCCAACGGCUGAUGAAAAGGUUCAUUUCCAACAUACAGCAAAAUUCAUCAGCCAGCUCAUAAAUGAAAAGGCCAACUAUACGUUACAGAUCUACCCUGAUGAAGGCCACUUUAUUCACAGUGAGGCAACACAGCAGCACCUCAGCCAGUCCCUGGUGAACUUCUUCGAGGAAUGCUUCAGGCUACCAGAACGAGUGUUCGAGGAGGCCCUGGAAGAGGAGAGCGAAGAUGAGGGUUAGCUUUGCCUGAGGCUCAUGUGCCCCCAAUCCUUACUAUCCAUGCUACCUUACCUCCAUUCUGUCCCUGUGCCCAAGCACAACACUGGAAUACAAUUGUCCACAAUAUGCAACUCUUGUCUGUUCUCACCUAAGUGAUUAGUAUUUGGACACCCUGUGUCCGCAAUCUGAACCUGAGACUGCCCCUACAGCAGAUGACGGAUAUAGUCCCACAUCCAUCCUUUCAUCUUCUGCCCUGAAAUCCAAAUGGCCCUUGAGAGAGCCAACAACAAAAUAAAAUGUACUGAUUGAUUCAACUUUGCAGCAGGUUGGACUACUGUAGCUCCUUAAAAGCAAAGAAGACGGAGCAUCAGCUUUCACACAGACUUUCAAGCUGUGAGGACAAGGGACACCUUAUAGCACAUAACUUGUGGGCUUGUAUAUUAUUAAAAAUCAGACGCCAGGUGAAGAACACUGGUUAACAGUGUUCAGAGUGUCUGGAAUUGUCGCGAUACAGGAAAUGUUACUAUUUUUAAAGUUGUCAAGAACUUUCAUGUUGGACUGUGGAUGUGUCUAUUGUUAUUACCGUUUGUAAAAUAGCACACAAACAUUCACUCGGAUAUUAGAGAUAUAUUUCAUUUGGUAUUCAUGUUUGCCCUGUUUUUCAUCUCGUACCCUCUAUUUUAUGUUUUUCAGUGAUGCUGGCUAUGUUUAAUACUGUUUUGCAGUUUUAUCAAAUGUUUUUUUUUCAAAAACAGAAGCAUCAACUUGUUUAAGUCACUGUGCCUUACUUUGUCAGAAAACAUUCAACAGUGGGACUUCAUUUAUGAAAUAUAGGUAAUUUUUUUAGGAAUGGUGUGUUUUUGGGAAGUAAACCUAUUAACUUCUUCUCGAGAGUUGGAAGAGAAAAUGUGUCCACUCUUAUUCAAUCAUGAAGCGUAACGACUAAUAGCAAGUGAAAACAGAUAGACUAGCUUUGUGAAAAAAUAGAAAAAUAGCUCCUCUGACACUCUUUUCAGUUGUUCACUUAACCAAAAGUGUAAAAACUACAAGUUGUCAUUUUAUGGGAGAUAAAUAAAAGUGGUAUUUAUCUUUUCAUAUAACUCUCAUGAAGAAAGUGAAUAUGUAUUAUUCCCAAAAUAGCAGCUGUUAUAUUAAAUACAUAUGAAUGAAAUUGAUACUUCUUAAUGUUAGCUAGGCGUAAUUUGUGAUUGACAUACUGAAGGAAUUUUAAAGUUUCACAUACA